UCUAUAAUUUUUAGGUUUAAUUAAAAUUUCUGAUUGAUAACCUUUCUUUUUAAAUGCUUAAAAAGCAUUUCUAGGACUCAUAUAAAUGUGCCUAUCAUUUUUGACUUGAAGUUCAACCAAAUAACCAACUGUGCAGUUUUCUCGAUUUGUGAUUUUCAAUUUCCUUUUGAAAUCAGAAAUAGAAACCCUAGUCAAUCUAGCACUUUUCCCUCAAAUCGCUGUAGAUUGCAGCAGAAAAGAGACAUCUUUUGUUGUUGAGUUUGUGCUCGGAGAUAUGGCAAUUGGGCUUGCGGAUUACAGUAAUACUCUAACACUGGGAAGAAAGAGGGUCGUGGUUUCCAACGAUGUGGAAGCUUCUCCUCAAGUUACCACUCCAUUGAAGAAAAUAUGCAGCCGUGGAAUCCUUUCCAUCUCUGAGAUGUCUCCUCUUGAAGCCCUUCCUCAGGAUAUUCUGGUCCAGGUGUUGUGCAGCGUGGAGCAUGAAGAUCUGAAGCAGCUUUUUCAUGUGUCGAAAACCAUUAGAGAAGCAACUCUGAUAGCAAAGGACUUACAUUUUGAGUAUAGUACCCCAAAGAAGAAAACGUUUGCUUUUCUUCAUCCUUCUGAUUUGGAUAAUGCAGAUGUGUUUAAGGAAAUUGAAACUCCAAAAGCGCCAUUGAGAAAAUCAAAGUCAAGAUGGAAUGCAAAUCUGGCUGACAUCACAACGGCCUUGUUUAAAGAGGGAUUUUGAAUGGUGAAUCAAGGGAAGACGAAAGAGAUACUGAUCAUUAGAAGUGAGGAUUGUGAAUAGAUAGAUUACAGUGAAUAGAUUAUACUUUGGUAGAUGAGAAGUCUUCACAUGCUGUUCUUCAAAACUUUCAUUGAAGAUACGCGUAUGAUCAUCUUUCUGUACAUCUAUAGACAGACAAAUAGAAACAAAAGGUUCAAAUUGUUAGAAUUUUGUAGGAGGGCAAUCUGUGACCCUCAUAUUGUGAUAUAUUUGAUGACAUAUUACUGGUACUACCCACACUUUGUCCUGUAUUAAUAAAACGAGGAAAAUUUGUUCUAAUUUUCCCUUUUUA